UGUGUGUGUGUGUGUGUGUGUGUGUGUGUGUGUGUGUGGUAACUCACAUUAAGUUAAUAUUUAGUGUAGACCGUGAAAUGCAUCACAAAUGUGUUGGAGAGACAGAAGCCGGCAGACAGAGUGAGAGCAGAGAGAGCAGAGUCUCAGUGGUGCAGUUCUUCUCUGACGGAGAGUAUUUAGACUUUUUCUCCAUCAUCAUCAUUUUCAUCUUCAUCUUCAUCUUCAUCUUCAUCGUCAUCAUCAUUUUCAUCCCUGUCACCCAUGUCGGUUCUUCCUCUGCGGGUGAGAAUGCUGCGGCAGGUCUGGAGGAUGAAAGGCAUCUUCAUCCUGGUCUGCAGCCCGUUCGUCCUGCUGCCGCUGGCUCUCAGCACCUCGGAGGCGGCCUGCGCUUAUGUCAUCGCUCUCAUGGCCAUUUAUUGGUGCACUGAGGUUCUGCCGCUGGCGGUGACGGCUCUGCUGCCGACCAUCCUGUUCCCCGUCCUCGGCAUCAUGCAGUCCAAAGAUGUGUGUAUGCAGUACCUGAAGGACACUAACAUGCUGUUUGUGGGCGGGCUGAUGGUGGCCGUGGCCGUGGAGCACUGGAACCUCCACAAGCGCAUCGCCCUGCGGGUGCUGCUGCUGGUGGGAGUCCGACCCGCUCUGUUGAUGUUGGGGUUCAUGGGAGUCACGGCCUUCCUGUCCAUGUGGAUCAGCAACACAGCCACCACCGCCAUGAUGGUUCCCAUCGUCCAGGCCGUCCUGGAGCAGAUCCAAGGCGACGUCGACCCCGAUCCCUCCUCCAAGACGCGGAGCAGGAGCGAAGUUUUACAGAAGGAGCAUCAGGAGAAAACCAUCAGCGUCCUGCAAACUGCUGUUUCCAACAACUCGGAAAACCCUGAUGUGAACGAGGACACUCUGACACCAGAGAGCUUAGAGAAAAGCAGCAACCUGCGAGACGAAAUGCCGUCUGAGCAGAAAGAGGCAUCAGAGGUUCGGAUGGACAGACAGGAGAGCAUCAAACCAACACCACAAGACAAACCUCCAUCAGGCUGCACCGACAGCGGGACAGUGGUUGUCUGCUGUCCGCUGGAGUUGGAGGAGGCGAGCGAUGUGGAGGAGGAGAGGACGAAGAUGUGUAAAGGCCUCCUGCUGUGUGUGUGCUACGCUGCUAGCAUUGGCGGCAUCGCUACGCUGACAGGGACCGGACCAAACCUGGUUCUGAUUGGACAGAUGAGCCAACUCUUCCCUCAGAACGGUGACGUCAUCAACUUUGCGUCCUGGUUCGUGUUUGCGUUCCCCACCAUGGUGCUGAUGCUGACGCUGGCCUGGUUCUGGCUGCAGUUCCUCUACAUCGGCUGCGACUUGCGGCGGACGUGGGGUUGUGGGACGGUGCAGACGGAGAAGGAGCGCGCUGCGUACGAAGUGAUCAGGGAUGAGCAUCGGCGUCUGGGACCUAUGAGCUACGGAGAGGCCAACGUCCUGGUGGUCUUCAUCCUCAUGGUGGUGCUGUGGUUCACACGAGACCCGCGCUUCAUGGAUGGAUGGGCUACACACCUCUUCAAUUCCAAGGCUGAGUUUGUCACCGAUGCGACCGUCUCUCUGUUUGUUUCUGUGUUGUUGUUUGUUCUUCCGUCUGAGCCUCCGAGAUACCUCUGCUGCUGGAGGAGCUCUGAGACAGGUACUACACACACACACACACACACACACACACACACACAUUUUUGGUUAGUGAUUAACCCUUUUUUCAUGUUUUCAGACUCCCAGGUGUCCAGAGGCCCCGCCCCCUCCCUCCUCACCUGGCAGGUGACUCAGAGGAAGAUGCCCUGGAACAUCGUCCUGCUGCUGGGAGGAGGCUUCGCUCUGGCCAAAGGCAGCGAGGAGUCCGGUCUGUCCCGCUGGCUCGGUGCUCAGAUGACACCGCUACACUCCAUCCCUCCGUGGGCCAUCGCUGUCAUCCUCUGCCUCCUCAUCGCCACCUUCACCGAGUGUGCCAGCAACGUCGCCACGGCAACACUCUUCCUGCCCAUCCUGGCGUCCAUGUCUCAGUCUAUAAGCUUGAAUCCUCUGUACGUGAUGAUCCCCUGCACCCUCAGCGCCUCCUUCGCCUUCAUGCUGCCCGUCGCCACGCCGCCCAACGCCAUCGUCUUCUCCUCCGGUUAUCUCAAAGUGUCCGACAUGGCUAAAACAGGCGUGGUGAUGAACAUCAUCGGGAUCUGCUGCAUCAGUCUGGCCAUCAACAGUUGGGGUCGCGUCAUGUUCAGUCUGGAUUCCUUCCCGUCGUGGGCCAACAGCACUGCGCCCGUGUAGAAGCACCACUGCUUUCUACAACCUGCUGCUACAUCUUAAUGUUUUAUUCAACGUCUUCAGGCUUCGUCACUCAUCACUGGAUGGUGACAUUUUUUAUUCUUGUGUUUGUAUAUUGUAUGUACUGCAGAAUGUGACACCUGGUUCUGAGCCACCAGAAGCAUCAAGAGUCUGUUUUCAGAUGUUUUGAUGUCAAAUCUUUACUUUUCUUUGGCAGAAACUGUUGAAAUGAAAAUGUUUGCAGCCUCCAGGAUUAAGUCUCCUUUGGUUAGGGUUAUAAAUGGGUGAGGGGGGGGGGGGGGUAAUGCUGUAAACACUUUAACACUGAUACUGAUUUUAUUUUCUAAUUACUCUCAAUCACUGCAAAUACUCAUAUUUAUGCAGGUGACACCAACAAACAUUUGGCAAUAUAUUAUCAAAAAUGCUCAAAUCUCUGUUUCUGUUUUUAACACUUCAACUGCUUUCAUCACUAAGUAUUUAAUUUAACAUUGUCUAGUUAGUUUUAUUGUUUUAGGCAUGUGGAGCAAAUUAAAUUACCAACAAUAUUAUAAUGCCACUAAAUUCUACACACUGCACCUUUAACAAUAGAAACUAGAUAUUAGACAGCUGUCAUUCUUAGUUAUCUGUUGUUUUUUUUGUGACUCUGGAUGAACAAACUGCAGCAGGAUGAGAAACUUUUCAACAACAACUGUGAAUCUGAUUUAUUUUCCUGUAAUUAGAAACGUGUUUUGUAUUGUUUUCUAUUUAAAUGCCUGAGUUUGUAUUUCAUGACAUAGAUUUUUUUUAUGUAAGAGAGUAAAUGUAUAUUGUACAUAUGUAACUUCCACAGUUUUGUACCAUGUUGUUGCUAACAGUUUUAUUUGAUAUUAAUAAAAAUUGAUCUAUA